UCGGCAGGCGCGGGGCGCGAGUGCCGAGGGAGCCCCGCCAGCCUGCAACUCGGCUGCGGCGCCGGAGCUCGGCCGCCCGCAACUUUCUCCCCGGAGCGGCGGCAGCCGGCGCGGGAGCCGGGAGGAGGAAGGCGGCGGCCGCUGCCCCCGGCCGCUCGGGCUCCCCGGCCCGCGGAGAGCCCGCCGAGCCCGCCCCCGCCGAGCCCGCCCCCGCCGAGCCCGCCCGCCCCGGGGAGGUCCCGGGCCCCUGCCCUAUGUCCCGCAAGGCGAGCGAGAAUGUGGAGUACACGCUGCGGAGCCUGAGCAGCCUCAUGGGCGAGCGGCGCAGGAAGCAGCCGGAGCCGGACGCGGCGAGCGCGGCGGGGGAGCGCAGCCUCCUGGCGGCCGCCGAGUCGAGCUCCAGCCUGCAGAGCGCGGGCGCGGGCGCGGGCGGCGGCGGCGGCGGCGGCGGCGGCGGCGGCGGCGGCGGCGGCGGCGGCGGCGGCGGGGACCUGGAGCGCGCGGCGCGGCGGCAGUUCCAGCAGGACGAGACCCCCGCCUUCGUGUACGUGGCGGCCGUGUUCUCGGCGCUCGGCGGCUUCCUGUUCGGCUACGACACCGGCGUGGUGUCGGGGGCCAUGCUGCUGCUCAAGCGGCAGCUCAGCCUGGACGCGCUGUGGCAGGAGCUGCUGGUGUCCAGCACGGUGGGGGCGGCCGCCGUCUCGGCGCUGGCCGGCGGGGCCCUCAACGGCGUGCUCGGCCGCCGCGCCGCCAUCCUGCUGGCCAGCGCGCUGUUCGCCGCCGGCUCCGCGGUGCUGGCCGCGGCCGGGAACCGGGAGACGCUGCUCGCCGGCCGGCUGGUCGUGGGGCUCGGCAUCGGCAUUGCUUCCAUGACAGUGCCCGUGUACAUCGCUGAGGUCUCUCCACCCAAUUUAAGAGGUCGAUUAGUCACCAUCAAUACUCUCUUCAUCACCGGAGGCCAGUUCUUUGCUAGUGUUGUUGAUGGAGCCUUCAGUUAUCUCCAAAAGGAUGGAUGGAGGUACAUGUUGGGACUUGCAGCAAUUCCAGCAGUUAUACAGUUUUUUGGCUUUCUCUUUUUACCUGAGAGUCCUCGGUGGCUGAUUCAGAAAGGACAGACUCAGAAGGCUCGUAGAAUUUUAUCUCAGAUGCGUGGUAACCAGACCAUUGAUGAGGAAUAUGAUAGCAUCAGAAACAACAUUGAAGAAGAAGAAAAAGAGGUUGGCUCAGCUGGACCUGUGAUCUACAGAAUGCUGAGUUAUCCCCCAACUCGCCGAGCUUUAAUUGUGGGUUGUGGUCUACAAAUGUUCCAACAGCUCUCAGGCAUUAACACCAUCAUGUACUACAGUGCAACCAUUCUGCAGAUGUCUGGUGUUGAAGAUGAUAGACUUGCAAUAUGGCUGGCUUCCGUUACAGCCUUCACAAAUUUCAUUUUCACACUUGUGGGAGUCUGGCUUGUUGAGAAAGUGGGCCGCAGGAAGCUUACCUUUGGGAGCUUAGCAGGUACUACUGUAGCACUCCUUGUUCUUGCUUUGGGAUUUCUGCUGUCAGCUCAGGUUUCACCACGCAUCACUUUUAAACCAGUAGCUCCAUCGGGUCAGAACACUUCUUGCACGAGAUACAGUUACUGUAAUGAAUGUAUGUUGGAUCCAGACUGCGGUUUCUGCUACAAGAUGAACAAAUCAACUGUAAUUGACUCCUCCUGUGUUCCAGUUAAUAAAGCAUCUACAAAUGAGGCAGCCUGGGGCAGGUGUGAGAAUGAAACCAAAUUUAAGACAGAAGAAGUAUUUUGGGCUUACAAUUUCUGCCCUACACCAUACUCCUGGACUGCACUUCUGGGCCUUAUUUUGUAUCUUGUUUUCUUCGCACCUGGAAUGGGACCAAUGCCUUGGACUGUGAAUUCUGAAAUAUAUCCCCUUUGGGCAAGAAGUACAGGAAAUGCAUGUUCAUCUGGAAUAAAUUGGAUUUUCAACGUCUUGGUUUCACUGACAUUUUUACACACAGCAGAGUAUCUUACAUACUAUGGAGCCUUCUUCCUGUAUGCUGGAUUCGCUGGUGUGGGACUCCUUUUCAUCUAUGGCUGUCUUCCUGAGACCAAAGGGAAGAAAUUAGAGGAAAUUGAAUCACUCUUUGACAACAGGUUAUGUACAUGUGGUGCUUCAGAUUCUGAUGAAGGGCGAUAUAUUGAAUAUAUUCGGGUGAAGGGAAGUAACUAUCAUCUUUCUGAUAACGAUGCUUCUGAUGUGGAAUAAUUUUCAGCUGCUGAUAAAUUUAGGUAUUUAAACAAACCUGGAGGACAAAAGCAGCAAUUGGUGACCUCACUGCCCUGCUUUUAAUCUGGUUCUUUCCACAGUCUAGUUUUGAAUGACCUCAUAUUCUAGAAUAUUUGAUUAGGAAGAAGAUACAACCAUGAUGACUUUUUUUUUCACAAGCAGAAAUGUAAAACAAUAUUUAGAGAUUUUAAAUGAAUAAUUAUUGAACAAAUGUAUGUAAUUCCUUCCUGAGGUAGUCUAAAAUGAAUAUUGUAUCCAGUGACUUCAGUGGUAUACUUUUUUCCUAAGACCAUAUAUAAUUAUUAGUGGCAGUAGAGUCAGUGCUAAUCUAACUUAAUCGUAUAUGUAUGAUAUACUUAUGAAGGAGGAUUCUGGGAUAAGAUCCAAGGAUGUUUUCUGUCAAAACAUGCCCUAUUGGCCCUAAAUUUUUCUAAGGACAAGUAGCUUAUCUCUGAUCAGCACUUAGAAAGUAAAUUCCAUUUAAGCUUUCAACAAAUUCAGAAGUGCCUCCACAGAGGCACAGUUGUCCUUUUCUCCUUUCGAUUCCACAUUUUGGUCUCUCUCUCCAAGUUAGAUCUUGAGUGUUCUUCAGAAACUGACUCUACAUAGGACCUUUUGAACAUUAUGAAAAGCAGGUCUUUAGGGUUUAUUUUCGUACAUAUUUUUUGCAUCGGUGAUAAGUAUACAUUUGCACAGAUAAGCUAGCAAGUUUUGAUAAGUAUAUUUUAUUGCUAGAAAGUAAGAAAGAAAAAAAAUUUAUGGAUACCUGAUUUGAGUUAGUCAGUUAGGUAUAUAACUAAACACAAAAUAGCACCAGAUCUUCAACUGUAUUUCAGGGUUUCUGUUCAUGCCAAAAUCACCUGAAUAUAACCACGCCUUCACUCAUUGACUCUAGAGUCCUACUAUUUGUGCCUUCAUUUCUGUUAAUAUAAAUAGCUGCUAGCAGACUAUUUUUCCCCUUCUUUUAAUCAAAUAAUUCCUGAAACGAAAAGGGAAGAAAAUCAGUGACAGAUAAUCCUGUUAUUGAUGUUUAAUUAAAUAGUGGGACUUAUUUUUUCCUUAACUUUUUAUUAAGGGAAUUGUAACAUUUCAAUACUUAAAAGUACUGUUUUUUUUUUUAAGAUCAUAAAUUUGUUUUUAUUUUGCACACCUUUUUCUCAUUUUCCUUGACAGUUUGCCAAAAAAAAAAAAAAAAGAUACAUAGAUUUGUCUGUGGGUGUUUCCUUUUUCUCAUACUUGGCUUGGAUUUUUUCCUUCUUGUCUAAAAAUUGGGAUUUUUCUAUUGGAACAGAUUAAUGGUUCUAACAUAGCAUACAUUUCUACAAUGUCUUUUCAAAAUAUUCAUUAGUUUUUAUGCCCAUUCAACGAACUCUAGCUUUUGCUCUUAAGAAUUAUACAGAAUAUACAAAAUUAUUUGCUAAUUCCAGUGAAAAUAGGAAUGAAUUUUCUGUGGCCAGAUAGGAAUAUAUAAGUUUGAUGGAUUUUAAUGUGGCUCCAAAUCUACUAAGGUACUCUUUGGAGUGAAAAGAAGACUAUUUCUAAAGUUAAUGUGUUUCUGCCAGUCUCCAAGAUGUUUUGUUCUUCACUUGAAGUCUGGCUUAUUCUAUCACUAUUAUCAAAACUGAGAAUGUAGCCAAAAAGGUUUGUUCUCUUAGCCGCCAGGAGUAUAAGUGUUUGAACUGUCAUUUUACUGGUCUAAAAAUCCUUCAGCCAAAAAAAAAAAAGAAAAAAAGUUUUCUCCCUUUGAUCAUUUCAUACAUGAAAGGCAAAAAAAAUUUAGAGCGUUUUUUUCCCUGAAUUAGCUGCUUUGACAAUUGACUUCUAAGGGGAUAUUGAUUCUUUUCCCCAGAAAAGCAGAUGUGAUUUAAUAGAGAAAAUUAUUGAUAUUUCUUAUCCCAUAAGAAUUUUUUUAUCUGUGUAAUACUUCACACAGGUAAAGUGAAGUGGAAAAUGAGCUAUUAUGUGGUAAAAUCAAAAGAUGAUGGGAAGAAAAAGUAUCUAGACCAAUAAAGUGCUCUCUAAAACUGUUAUUUUUCUGAUUUAUCCAAAUAAAUAAUUGCCUCGAUUCUUCUCUUUAUUGUAUACAUAGCCUUAACUGUAUGCUUAUAUACUCAGCUGGGCUGAAUGCACAGUAACUUUAUUAAAGGAGCAACUGGACUUUUAUUAUUUCCUAAAGCAGAACAUGGCCUGUUCUCCCUGACAUAAAGCAAAUGGUAUAUUCAACUUUAUAUCCAUAAAUGCACAUAAUAACAGGGAAAAUUAGCCACAGUUCUCCUCCCCUCUUCUCCCCAACCUCUCCUUUAAAGGUCUAUUUGUAAUUUAUAUAAUGAUAGAGACAAUAUUCCAUAUCUUUGAAGUACAAGACAGAGUGGCACAGUAUAAAGAUUAUUUAUAAUUUUUUAAAAAAUAACUACUUAAAAAGAAACCUUAUACAAUUAGAGUAUUAUUUUUAGAUUUGGUGAACAUUUAUAGUAUAUUAAAAAUUAAGUGUUUGAAUUUUGCAGUUUUUUUUAUAUUACGUACCUUUUAAGUUUCAGCAUCAUUGACUACCACUAUCAACUUGAAAACAUUCCAUUUGAAAUAUCAUCAAAUAUAUAUUUUUUAGUACAAUUUAUAUAUGGUAUGAUUUGGCCUACCAUAUUAAAACAGAUUAAGCAUCAUGCUUUUAAUUGAAAUUAAGGUCUCCUCCUAAGCAUGCUGCAAAUUCAAUAGAGAUAUGUUUUAGGAGUACGUAGUAAAGAAAGUUAUAAACCCUAUUUGAGGCUUAGCUUGGUGGCUGAUGAGAUCUGCUGUAAACUAAAGAGAAUAUAAUGCUUCAUCUGCAUCUGAACACAUAGGGAUGAAUGUGAUAUCAGAUAAAUUUUUGAAGAUUUGAUAUUAAUAUUUCUCUUCAAUAUAAACAUUCCUAAUAAUUGUUACUAUUAUACCUUAUUACCCAAAACAUGAUUUUUAAUAUAUUUAUAAAAGAUUGAAAUUAAAGCUAAAUUUUAAAGGUAAUAUUUAUUUCCAUUUGAAAUUUUGUUCCUAGUCAUAUGUACUAAUUAGUUCCCUAAUGGAAAAUGCUAUGACAGAAAUGCUGUCAAGUGCUUUUUCAUAAUUUUAUUUUACCACUGAACUAGAUUUUAGUAUAUGAGAGUCUAAAUAUUAUUUUUAAGUUAUUCACUCUGAAAUGAGAAUUCCAUUAAAGAAGUUAGAAGUUGUUUACUAUCAUUUCAAAAUCUAUUAUCCAGAGUAAGAAUGAACAGGAAAAAUAUAAAUUGACAACUUAUCCUUUUGCUUGGAAAGAUUGUAAUGUAUUAUAAUCAUAGAUUCCAGGGGGAGCAUAUUCUAAAAAAUACUAUCCAUAUCUUACCUAAGAAAGUCUCACAACUUAAUGACACUAAUAUAGUUUAUAAAUACUGUAAUACAGUGAGGGGGAGUGGAAGGAUUGUUAUAUUUCAUUGGCACAGGAAUUAAGAUUAAACUAAUGAGAUUUUUAUUUAUUUAUUUAUUUUACCAGUCUCCUGGUUACAAAAUAUCAAAUUAUACUAAGCACCAUACAGUUUUACAACAGGUUUUCAGUUUAUAUCCUCUUACUAACCACAAAUAAAAGAAUGACAGCAGAGCAUUCAUAACAUGUGCUCUACAGCAAAAUCUGUUAACUAGUGGAUAAAAUGUAUAGCGCAUGCAUAGCUGCUGCCUAUGAAGAGACUCAGAAUUCUUCUCUGGAUUAAUUUUAAUGUCGUGUUUUCUGUCACUUUCUAUCAGUUUUCCUAGCUUCUUGUACAGUAAUGUUAAGCUAAUUUGAUGAAGUUAUCAGGUGGCGGCAACACAUCAGUUAUCAGGACAUUCAGUUCUGGGUGAGAAAUAUUGCCUUUUUCUGGAAAUAGCAAUCAUUUAAAAAUGCCAAACAGCUAACUGCUACCAACCCAUUUACUUUGUCUUUGAAAGAGGGAAAUAUUGGUGUGCCAAUCAUCAAAAAGAGAUUUGAUAAAAGGUUAAUGGUGUUCUGAAGUACAAAAGAGAACUUUACCCUUAUAAUUUGCCUGUGAGUGUAAAACAAUAUAUUUCCUAUAAAUCUUGAGUUUAUAUGUAUAAAACACUCUGUUGCACUUGAGUGAUUGGGUCUGUGGAAUGUUCAGUAACUACUUUCAUUUAGCAGUGAUAUUCAUAUUUUUACUUUACACAGUUAAGUUCAUGUGUUUGAUUUUUGUCAUAUCAGUAUGAGAAAAAGGAAUGCAGUUUACAAGUACUUAAAAUUAACUGAUAUUUUGUAAAGUUUUAAAAUUUUAGUAAAUUUAACAUCAUUCCAUCUCAUUUGAAGGUUAAAAAAGAUGAGACUUAACUCUAGCCAAAGUAGAACUUUAUAUUCUACAUGUCCAAACUGGUUCCCAGUGGCCUUUGGACUAUAUCUCAUUUGAUGUUAUAGUAACUUUAUUUGUAAUAAAUGUUCAAAUUUCUAUUUAGAAGCUCUAAUGUACAUCUAGAUUAAAUCAAAAGUUUUAUGCUUUUAAAAUAUGUAUUUCAAAAUGUAUAUUUUACUUUGAGUGCAUGUUAUAUAGUAUUUAAUACUUCACAUGUCUUGGAAAAUUCAAUAUAAAUAUUUAUUCUUACAUGUGACAUGUGGGAUAUCUCUUAAAAAUUAUGAAUAUGUAUCAUUUCCUUCAAAGUCAUUCUAGCCUAUAAGCUGUAUCAAAAGUAUUGUAUAUUUUAUGGAAAUUUAGUGAUGUAUAUGUAAAUUUUUUAAGUUAUUUUAUUGAAGUUCAAUCUUUACAUAAAAUUAAAAUCUUUUUUUAAAAAAAGUGUCAGUGCCAGAACUGUAAAUGAAAAUAAUCAAAUAAAAGUUAUGACAAUUCAUUAGUCAUUUACCUCUCUUGCACUUUUGUAUUUCUUCUAAUCUCUUCCUUUAAUUUCAGGAUCUAGAUUGCAUAGUAAAGGCAUCUACAAAAAGUAGUUACCUCUA